AUACAAAUUAUAGUUCAGUAAACUUUUGGGCAGGCAGCGGAUUUUUCUACAGGAAAACAUCAAAAUCUGGCCAACUGUCGUUUUGGACUAGUUCGAAAACGUAGAAUACGUAAAACAUCGAAAAAUUUGACAGCUACGUUGUUUACACGCAUACACACACAGUUACGGGGGAUUUGUUUUGAUGCGCGGUACGGCCAAUGAAAACACGAAAAAUUGAUCAAAACUUCAUGUUUUAUUAAGAUUUGUUUCAAAUUAACGUGAUUAUUUUUAGUCUCCAGGUUUUUUAGCAUUUUUUUUAUUGCACAUCAGUGUUCAGAAAAGCUCCAUAGCCUUUACUUUGUUUAAUUUGGAUGCAUUGUUUUGGUUCGGAUCUUCAUCCAGCAUGAGUCAUGCUCGGGCACUUGCCGCAAUGUUACGUACUCCGUGCAUCGGUUUUCAUCCGUUUGUGCAAUACCACCGCGCCUUAAAUACGGCCCGUAGUGACGCGCCUCUGCACAGUUAACAGUUGGUGCUAGUGAACAUGCGACGCGGAACCAUCGCCUAAAAUGUAUUCCGCCAAGUACAGACCGGAUUGUUUCAAAGGAUUCCCGCUACACCGUGCAGCAGCCAGCGGUUCGCGGGAGAAGUGUGAACAAUUGCUUAUCCGGUGGUGCAAAUCCCUUCCAACCGACACCGGCCGGUUGGACAGCACUACAUGCGGCAAUCGCAAACAAGGCAGAACAUGUUGUGGAUCUACUGCUCGAUCGCUACGAACGUGAGUGGACGAUCGUACGCCAAACGAUCCAGCAUCAGUUCCUGUGGAAGGCGGAACAAACGGGCUGGAAAAGCAGACCGAUACUGAUCGCCUGGACCGAAGAGGAAUGUGCUGCUGCGGCCAACGUCUCGUCAAGCUGCCCGGCCGGAAUUCCACUCAACUUGCAGGUGUUUGUACUGCUGCAAACACCAAACCAUGGCCACCGGUUCAUUGCGCUGGACGUUUGCAAUCGAAGCAAGUGGUUCGACAUCAUACGGCUCAUAGGCCGGCUGCUACCGAACGGUGUACUCUCCCUCGAUCGGGCCGAUAUGCGGCAGGACGUCGAGAACUAUCUACUGCUGGCCUGUGCCUUAUCGACGAAGGAAAUAGUGGUGAAACUUGUUAGCCGAGGGGGAGCUUCACUGAACGUUGGAUCCGGCACGCAAGGCCGUACCCCAUUGAUGGCCGCCGUCGAAAGGAUGCGCAAGGAUGUGCUGGAUCUGCUCAUGACAAAGUUCGCCGAUCGGGUUGAUCCGUGCGCCCGGGACCGAAGCAAUUUAACCGUGCUGCACCAAAUGAUGCACCGGCAACAUCCGGGCAUGACAGAAUUAAUGAUAAAUUAUAUGCUAACCUAUUGCACCACGAAGCUGCGUGAAUCGAAAUCGGUGGCAUUGAGUAGAAUAUUCGCAUACGACUCACCAGACUGCAAGUCGCAAAAUUUUUGGAACUUCAUACGGUCGGCACCCAUGAAGCAGCUGUGCGAAAAGUAUAUAAGACUGUGCCAAAUGGACGUACGAACACCGCUGUCCGAUUGUACCACACUGGCCGCUUUAAUCAUGCGCGAAACGGCACUACAGUAUUGUUUCGAGCAGAUUGAACAAAACUUGGAACUUCUACAGCUGCCGGAAAGCUACAGCCAUUUAAAUGUCCUGCACCUCUUGAUACGCCACAAACAGUUGCCGUUUGUUGAAGGUCUCUACCGGAAGCAUGGUUCGCACGUUAGGGAAAUGCUCGAGGUGGUGGAUAAUGAUUCCGCCUACGAACUGUUGCGCCAGCUGGUGUACGGUAAGGAUGAAAAAGGCGUCCUAUUUUUGUUCAAUCAUCAUCGAGAAUUUUAUGUGAAAGAUGUGGCAAAACUUCGGCAAGUCACGGUCUCACAGAAUGAUUGCCCCUAUUCAUCGUACGGCAAGCUGUUUGAAAUCCUCGUGGAAGCAGUGCCAGAGCUCCGGGAAGCUGUCGAUACACGCAAACAGUCCAAUGAAGCCCGAGCAACUGAUUUCUAUGAAGAUCUACGUCAGCUACACGAUCACUUCGCGAAAACCGUCACCCGGCUCGAAGCGAACGGCAAACGAUUGGACGAUUAUAUGGACACCAAUCGGAGGACCUUUCUGCACGCUGCAGUCUCGUGGGGCGCAAAGGAUUUGGUAGAAAAGCUACUCGCUCGUGAUAUGGACGUGAUGCAGGUGGACGCGUACGGCUGUCUACCGAUACAUUUGGUGUACAGGCGCGAAAGCAUAUUCCAGAUGCUGUUGAGCAAAAACGAAUCGGCCCAGCUAGGCGUACGUAAAGCAGGACUCGGGACACAAUCUGCUGCAUAUUGCUGCAGCAAUGGACUGGAGGGAGCGGUGCUUAAGCAGCUAGUAGACCACGGUAUGGAUGUGAACGGUCCGACACCGGACGGUGACUUACCACUGUCGCUAGCAGCGUGCUGUGCUACGGUAACGUUCCUGCUCGAGAACGGUGCGCGUAUCGAUCUUCUGUCCGGAGAUAUGUUAAGCCGUGGUCUGAAGCACGCAAAUUACUGUGCGGCAAUAGCGUUGAUACCGCGGUUGAUGGAUUUGUCCUGGUUUCGGGACUCUGCAUACAUUUAUCUCCCCUGGAUGGUUGGUACGCAGUGUCGUGAUUUCUUCUCCUGCAGUAAUCAAACGUUUCUCGAAACGCAUCCCGACAUACGGCGAGUGCUGUUCGACAGUUUGUACGCACAUUCGAAGGAGCAGACGGCGGAACUUUUCUCACGCGUCUGCCACAACUCGAUCCCAUGCUGCGUACGGUGGUUCCUCGAGUACGGCUACGAGAUAGAUUACGAUCAUCCGUACUGGGGCCAAUCGACACCCCUACUGGCCCUGUUUAGCUAUAUCGAGUGUGACAUCAACGAGCAGGUGCAAAUGAUAGAGCGGUUGCUGGAAAAACCGAUCGACGUUAAUGCGGCAAACGAUUUUGGACGUACUGCGCUGAUCGCGCUCGCGAAUGGCAUGGGCUGGAGGAGAAACUGUAACCAUCUGCAACCGGCGUUGGCAUCGUUGCUGGUGAAGCGUGGUGCCAAGCUGGAUGUGCAGGAUGCAGAGGGAAAAACGGCACUACAUCAUGCGUUUGAAGGUGAGCAGUGGGAGAUGGUAGAGUUUUUAGUUGAAAAUGGAGCUAAUUUGUCGUUGAAGAGCGAAUGCGGCAGGCUGGCCUGUGAAAUGGUGCCUGCUGUGAAGCGCAGUUUGUUUGGAUUUGUGAGGUAGAAAAAAGGGAGCUUUUAGAAAACAGACUGGUCACGAUUUUUCGUCUAGCGAUCCACAUGAUGGAGGGACAUAUUUCGCUCAACCGACACUCCUUUUUGGUGUGACUGAAUAUACAUCGAGAGUAAUAAGGAAGACCCAGGCAAACGAUUACAAAUAUCAUGAGCAAGAUGGAGAAGUGUUGUACAAAACGUACCGUCCAUAUGUCUUGGAUGAAGCCAUCCGUGAGACAGUCUCCCAGAAUGAGCAGCUAACAUCGCUUUGUAACAAAUGUCUUGGUAUUAUUACGGUUAAUAUUUUAGGGAAUACCUUUAAGGAAUUGGAGUACCAAGAUCGAGGGUCUAGAUAAUAGCCGCAAGACUGCUCGCCACUAAGUGCCUUUAUUGUUGUAGAAUGCUGGUUGAAAUUAGAAUGGGAGCAAUAUUUAAUCAUGACGCAUACAUUUUAUUUGCAUCGCAGUUCAAAGGUAGUAUAGUUUUUGCAUUCAAAUGUUAGAACAGUAUUUUUGUCAGUAUUAAGGAAAGGAUCGGGUACGGGUUAUGACAGUUAGCUUCCUCUCUUUCUUGACCUAAUGACCUCUUAUUAAGUCAUGCCUGCCAUUUUUGGCUUAUUUUUGGUUGCAUAGUCAGUCCUCACUAUAGAGGAACGAGAUGCGCUUUGUGUUGAACUAGAAGAGAAACAAAGCGGAAAAAGCGAGUGGACUGUUGCACCCAAAGGAAAAGACGUGUAGACGCUUGUACGCUUGAUGCAGGAAUGAAUCUUUAUUCAAAGUUAAA